AUGCAUAAUAAUUCCUUUCUCUUUAGCGGACUUCGGAUUGAAGUCAAGCCGACAGAAGAACAUCGAACAGAGGAACAGUUGCAUUUCGCAAGAUGGACAGGCCAAGCCGAAUUUUCGCUGCUUGUACAAAGUGGCUCUCACUUAUACUUCACCAGGAGUAUCGUGGAUCGAUCAAGUUCUGGAUUUCAAUGUCUUACUUGUCGAUUACCAAAAGGAUGGACCUAUGCGUACCCAGCGUGGAUUUAUCGAUCGAUUGUGCCAUACCAAUCCACGGCAAAGUUUGUGUCCGCACUGGCUGAGAAAGGAGUACAAUAUAGCAUGCUUCCUCUGUUCGAUGCGGAUCAUGAAUAUGCCGAGAGACAGGACUUAAAGGAAUCUCUUCUCACCCAUCUGAGUGUGUUUCUGUGUGAUUGCCUAAGAAGCAAGGAUACCGCGCGAGCCAACCUUUACAGAAGACUACAUAUGGAAGGACCUGCAUAG